AGUAGUUUGUUUCCCAUCUUAAACGUCAACAAACAAACGUCUAAGAAGGUAUAUUUAUAGGUCAAAUUCUACAUGUUUCAGCAAGCAAGCAAACAAUUUCAUGUAUGCAUUCAAAGGAAGUUCAUUUACAGAAUAAAAAAAGUUGUUUCUUGUAGAUGAAUUGAAUUCCUCAAGAUGGUCUGGUUUCGUUUCAGUCUAGUAUCGACAAAAACUCCAUAAAAUGACCUUCCUUGGAUGUCUCAUUGCUUGACUACAUAAAAGAAAAUGGAAUGAAGAGCAAGCUUGUAUUAAGUUCCUUUCCAUUUUUCUAUCAGAAGAUCCUUAAAUUUUAUUAAAUUGCGUUCUUUUGUUUUGUCUUUCGUACAGAAUAUUCGUUUUGAAACUUUUUGACACCUUUUUGGCAUUCUCUAUCAAAAAUAUUCUUAUUUCUCCAGCUUUUUUCCAUAUAAUGAUUGUACUUCCCUACUCGUUAUGACUCUUGCUUCUAGCAUUGUCUAUACCACCGUUGAAUCUCAUUUUAUAUUAUCUCUGCUCUUUGUACACAUUCUCAAAAGAAGCAAUGAGUAUACGAUUAUAAUCUUCGGCUGCAGAUCAGACUCUAGCAGUUGCAAGUAUUUGUUUACAUUUCAUGAUGUACUUUGCAGCAUUCAGGAGAUCAGGUUCCACUUGCUAUUAUCAUUCACGUACGUGUUAAAUAAAUCCUGUUUAGCAACGAGCAUGAGAUGAAAGCUUUUGAGAAUAGACUCCGAGAGUGUUUGGAUUCCAGACAUAGUCCUUCUCUCAAUAGUGAUGUUGAAUCAGUUAACCUUCCAAAACUUUGACUCUGGCCAAGCCAAGUUUGGGGUUUAUGUUCCAAAAACGAAUUGAGCAGAAGUUGAGAAAGAAAAAAGGAAUUGCAUCUUGGAAUGGGACCAUUUCGCUGUCAUCUCAAACCAAGUUGUUUCUUACUCAAGUAUGUAGAAUUGAGAUUUAUUCAGUUAAGGGGGCUUCACAGAUAAUUCCAAAAGUUUCCUAGGACAAAUCGAGUAACUCUUUGUCACUAGUCCGCUUUUCUGGUUGUGUUGUUUGUUUGCUGGACAACUCUUGAUACUGCAAUCUUUGACUAAAAACAACUGGUUUUCUGACUUCAAGGAAAUAUUAAAUUAGCUCUUUAAAUAAAUUUCACUUUUCUUCCUUA